AUGAACCCUCACCAGAAGAAUAAGGUGGACGUUAGCUCUCUCAAUGAGGAGGAGCAAAAGCUUUUCCGUCUCUACGGGAAGUUGCCCAACAAGAAGGACCUCCUACAGAACAAGCUCAAAGAGCGCAAGUACUUCGACUCGGGCGACUACGCACUUUCGAAAGCCGGCAAGGCAUCUGAAGGCGGCGUCACUUCCAUUGGAAGCCAGCAUCCACUACCAGAGAACAUACCCCACCUGACCUCACCGGGCCCCAACAGUGGAAGUAAUGGUAACAGCAACGGUCCUAGCAAUGGGUCAAUUCCCGGUGCAUCAAGCGGCAGCCCUGUGAAAGAGAGCAGCUUCUUACAGAGGGAAACAAGCGUGGACGAGGGAAGCGUGCUCAGUCCGAAGAGCCCAGAGCGGGGAAGUGCAAGUAGUCCGCCAUCAAAGGAGGGGGUGCCCAUCCGGUCGCAGCACUGA